AGCAGCCGUGGCCAUGCCUUUGGAUUUACCCAAUCGCAAUGUUUAUAUGGCUUUCAAUUUUGAAUCAAAUUAUGGCCUGCCCUCCAAUGAUUCCUACAAUGAAUGGAUUGAUAGGUGGGAUAUAGAUGAACAAUUUGUGGGCAUUGGCAAUGAUGUGACCCCCAUUAACAAUCGACGCAAAAAACGUUCCCGUUUCUUGCCCCAUUAUGAUCGCCACUCAUUCUAUCGCUCGUUUACGGGUUAUUUAGAACAUUUUCAAAUGAAUGGUACAGCCUGUCUGUUGAGAACAAUUUGUGAAGUGGCCGCCUCUUCGUUGCAUGAAAACAACGGUGUCUUGGGCAGUAUUUUGAUGAUUUUAUUCAUGCCAACAACAUCACGACCAGAAGCACCUCCACUACAUCACCACAUAGCCGACAACGACCUCUAUCGAGCUGAAUGGCAGGGCAAACAGUAUUUGGCCAAUAACCAGGGUGAGGAAGAAUACAAUGAGCAUAUUACUAAUGCCUGUAUGGAUUAUAUGGAUUGGUGUCCUGAAGGAGUUAUUAAUAUGAUUUCAAGUUGGCAUUAAACAACAGCAGCAACAACAAAAAACAACAAUAAUAACCCAAAAAUAUUAUUAUUGUCUGUUUCUUUAACGGCCGGUCGGCCGGCUGUAUUGUGUGUGAAAACUGAAAUUAAGUCAGAAAUAUGAAAAACAAAGUUGCUCAAUAAAAACUGUUUUAAAUUUCAUUCA